UACCUCUUAUUUCCUUCUAGUUUUUUUGUUGUUUUUUUUACAUUAUGUUUGGAUCUGACUGCAAAACCCCGGUGGAGGGUAAGAGGGGGUAACUAGAACAGUCUUUCAGCCUAGAAUUCACGAAAUGAGUAGAAAUGAAAGCACGGAAAACCAUUUCCCAUCGUUAGUGGUGCGACUACAAUAAGAGUGCUUUACUCAGUAGGCUUCCUGCUAAGCAGAUGUAUCGCUUACUUCGAGAGAAAAAGCUCUAGAAGUCUGAAAUUCUCCUUCGACAGAGUUCGCGAAUGAAUCACAAACUUACGCAAGACACCUACAUUUCUCGCGGAACAAAGAAAAAAACAUGGUCAAUAUAUCUGAACAAAUGGCCAUUUGCAACCCACCAUACAAUGAGAGCGAACAAGGCGUCAUAGCAAUGUACAGUGCCGUCCUUGUCAUUGGAUUGCCGGCGAACAUCUUGACAACGGUUUUAACGCUGAUACAGAUACGAAGAAAAAAUGUAUUGGCCGUCUUCCUCUUCAGUCUCUCUUUAAGUGAACUGAUGUACUUGGGGACGCUACCUUUAUGGAUCCUCUAUGUAAAAAAUGGCCACAAGUGGAUAUGGGGCCCGAUGGCAUGCAAGUUUACUGGGUAUAUAUUUUUCAACAAUAUAUACAUUAGUAUCUUUCUACUGUGUUGCAUUUCCAUCGAUCGCUUCUUAGCGGUGGAAUACUCUUUGGAAUCCAGAGGAGUCAGACGACAACGGGUUGCCAUUAUCACCACUUUUGUUCUGUGCAUGCUGGUGGCCUUAACCCACUCUACGACGUUCUUCAUCAGUGAUGGUGAUCCAGAGAAGGGACAAGCCACUUGUUUUGAGACUUUACCAAUGGCCCCCUUGAUAGCUAAUUUCUAUUACGCUAGAUUUGUUAUUGGCUUCCUGAUUCCUUUACUAAUCCUUAUUUAUACCAACUACACCAUAAAGCAGAGAAUUGAAGCAAGUAGUAGCUUCACCGAGCACCAAAAAACAAAAGUAAAGUGCUUGGCCGUGACCAUAAUAAUUAUUUUUAUGAUUUGUUUUGCACCAUACCACAUUGUCCUGCUUCUCCGGGCUAUCGUCCAUUCCUUAAACCCAACCGAUUCCUGCGGUUUUGAAGAAAAGGUGUAUACCACUUACUCGGCACUUCUCUGCUUGUUAACAAUGAACAGCGUGGCCGAUCCUUUUAUCUAUGUCCUAGUGAGUGAAAAUGUGAGGAAGGACCUCUACAGAGCGGUCAGAAGUUGGAGAGGAACGCUUUCUGUGAAUACCAGAAGUGACAAAAGUCUGCAGCCCAACAUUCCGAAUUCUAGAGAACAGCAGGUUGAGAAGGAAACUUCCUCACAGAUCACACACCUAUCAUAACUGGUGGUCCCGUGGUUCUAGCUAUUAUACAUAUGUUGUUUUGAUAAUGGGAAUUAUUAGCAGGACCUAGGAACCUAUAGGCAUACCUGGGAACUUCCCAGGACAGGCCACCGAGAACUCUCGCUCCUCUGUGGCUUCAUGUGGAGAUGAGACAAGCCACU